AAUCAGGCAGAGGUCAACUCGGCGGGUCAAAUAUUGCCAGGCGCCUUCAUUUCCUGAAAAACACGCAGUCACUUUGUUCUGCCGUUUUCCGAGAAAACAGGACGUUUCCAACAACACAACCAGCCAUCUAUCCAGCUAACACAAGCCUGUGGUCGAUUUUGUCAUAUUUUUAGCCUGUUGAACCCACCGACUGGCAGAAAGAUGGCGGACACCGGUGGUGACAACGGUCCAGGGAAAAAGGCUGCGGACAAAAUGUUCAGUUUGAAGAAGUGGAACGCAGUCGCCAUGUGGAGCUGGGACGUGGAGUGUGAUACCUGUGCCAUCUGUAGGGUCCAAGUCAUGGAUGCCUGUCUUCGAUGCCAAGCAGAGAAUAAACAAGAGGACUGUGUUGUGGUGUGGGGAGAGUGUAACCACUCCUUUCACAACUGCUGCAUGUCGCUGUGGGUGAAACAGAACAACAGGUGCCCCCUCUGUCAGCAGGAGUGGGUAGUGCAGAGGAUCGGGAAGUAGGAGGAGAAAACAACAUGUCCAUCUACAGACCAGGGUUUUCUUCAGCCCCACGUUGUGCUGUUGUCUCAUCAAACCAUGGAGUUAAAAAUACAAUCAAAUUCAAACCUAGGGAUGUGUUUAAGCAUGGAGUUAAAAAUACAGUACUGUAUUUUAACUCCAUGGUCUAAGGCAUCCAAUGCAAUUUUUAUGGCGAAACCACAAGUGUUCUGGAAGAUUGAGGAAAUCUUUAUGAUAUUGACAUUUGCUGCCAUUCAUUGUCACAUUUUGUCACAUUUUAAUACUCGAAACGUUUGAAAUAACCCCAAAACAAGCUAUGUGAGGUAUCCCUUUAUUUUUUGGGUCUACCUUCCAUAAAUAGCUAGCACAAUCCUAUGAUACAUAACAAGCAACAUUUUUCCAUGAGGGACAUCCCCAUUUUUGCCUCACAGAUAACAGUAUACAAUUUGAUAGGAUUGACCAGAAAAUUGACUUUGAAAAUCCAGUUUUAAUUUGCCAGCCUAAAAUUGCAUUGGAUGCCAUUAAAUGACUAUUAUAAUACCUGUAAUUAUCUAGGUACGGGUCUGGACCUGGUUACCUGUACCUGAACAAAACACUAUUGUCGUCACACUAAAGUAACCUACAUGUAAACUGCAUCCCAGACAAUAAAUGUAGAGAUGUUAAACCUUGGGUUGUAUUAAAAUUAAAUGAAAGUUUGAUGCAGAUUCCAGAGUAAAAAGCCUGCACAAGAAAUUAUUGUUUCACAAACAUGCUACAUGUAUGAUUGUGUUUCAGCUGGUUCCUAAAAUCCUAGUACCAGAAGUGAAUGAAAUAUACGGAAAGUGAUAUUCAAUUAUUUGCACACUCAAUGGAAAGGCAAUGUAUGGAAAAUGUUCUCUA